AUGGAGGAACGAGACAAAGACGAGGGGCCCGGCGUGCCCGACAUGACCAUGAUGCCGCAGAUCACGGAGCAGGCUAUCAACGACAAUCUCAAAAGGCGAUACAUCCACGACCUCAUAUAUACUUAUACUGGCUCAAUUCUAGUCGCAGUGAAUCCUUAUAAGGAAUUAGGAUGUUACAAUAUGGAGGAUAUGCAAAACUACCGAGGCAAGGCCUUUGGGAGUCUAUCGCCCCAUGUGUUCGCCUUAGCAGAAUCGGCGUAUAGCUCCCUACAGAAUGGCGAGAAAAAUCAGUCAGUCGUAAUAUCAGGUGAAAGUGGAGCGGGGAAAACUGAAACUACCAAAUUAAUUUUGCAAUAUCUCUGCGCGGCCGGUGGACAAGCCUCUUGGGCCGAGCAGCAGAUCCUUGAGGCUAAUACUGUGUUGGAAGCGUUUGGUAAUGCCAAAACCGUACGAAAUGAUAAUUCGUCUCGUUUCGGUAAGUUCGUGGAAGUGAGGCUCGACCAUCGGGGCGGGAUUAGAGGAGCCGUGUUAAGGGAUUUCCUCUUAGAACGAGCUAGGAUAACCGGACCGGCGCCGAGGGAGACCAACUAUCACGUCUUCUACCAACUGGUUGAAGGGGCUAAGCACAACGCAGAACUUCGCAAUACACUUCGACUGCGAGAUGAUGUUCAGUUCAAGUAUCUUAGACCAGAGGAUGACGAAGCCCGGAAAGGUCGUGGUGGAGAGCAGGGCAAGUUAGAAGCGUUGCAGCUCGCGCUAACCGUACUACAAGUUCCCUUGCACAUGUGUGAGGGACUGUUCAAAGUCCUGGCUGCUGUUCUGUGGCUAGGGAAUAUACAAUUCCAGGAUGUAGAUGGCGAAAGAACAACACUAGCGCCUGUAGACGCGGAGGCAGUGGAUGCGGUGGCUAACUUGCUGGGUCUCGCGCCGCCCACUGCACAGCGCGUGCUGUUGGAGAGACAGAUCAAUGUUAGGGGGAAUGUUACCGAUAUACCCCUUCGGUUACAUGAGGCCCGCGAAAACCGACACGCAAUGGCGCGAGCGCUAUAUUCACGAACAUUUGCAUGGCUAGUUCGCCAUGUUAAUUCUUGCUCUGCACCGGGAAGAGAGGCCAGGAGAGCUUUGGGGGUUUUAGACAUAUUCGGUUUCGAGAACUUCGCCUCGAAUUCUCUAGAACAACUGUGCAUUAAUUAUGCAAAUGAGAAACUGCAUAUGUUCUUCAAUAAUUACGUCUUCGCGCUUGAGCAGGAAAUUUAUCGCCAAGAAGGAAUCAAGUAUAGCCAAAUACAGUUCACUGAUAACGCAGUGUGUUUGGAGUUAUUGGAGAAGCCUCCGAGAAGUCUAUUGAAGCUACUCAGUGAACAAUGUCACAUGCCAAAGGGUUCCGACGGCGCCUAUCUCACCAACAUCCAAGGCGAAUUCGGUGACCACCAGAGCUUUGUGAAGGGUUCCAGAAGGAAGUGGGAGGAAGAGUUCGGAGUUCAACACUACGCUGGUACUGUGACGUACAGUGUACAGGGGUUCGUCGAUAAGAAUAGAGACACGCAACAAGACGCCUUUAUAGACCAUUUGAGUAGAUCAGCCAACCCCUUUGUGAGGGAGUUGGCGGAUUAUGUCCAAGAUUUGGCACCGCCAGGGCAUGAUAUUUCCCUAUCCAGUCCCGGAUCAACGAGCACAACCCAGCGGGGCACGUCGAAAGGAAGACCCACCGUCGUGGACACCUUUCGCGCUCAAUUGCAAUCCCUUGUCGAUAUGCUGCAGGCUACUGAUGUUUGGUAUGUGCGUUGCAUAAAGCCCAACGAGAACAAAGUGGCUGGUAAAUACAACGAUCAGCUGGUACUCGAGCAGCUCAGGUACUUGGGCAUGAAUGAGAUAGUUCGUAUAAGGCGUGACGGCUUCCCCGUGCACCUCCCCGCGCCGAUGUUCCAGGCGCGGUACCGGUGCUUGUUGCCGCACCCGCGGCCCAUCGAUCCGGAUAUUGGGACGAUAAUGUGCUUAGCAAACGCGCCGGAAACAGACUGGCAAAUCGGACACACUAAGAUAUUUAUGAGGAGUUCAGUACACGGACCACUGGAAGCCAGGAGGACUGCAUUGUUGCAAUCGUCAGCAUUACUCAUACAGAAGUGGUACAAAGGAUCAACAAAGCGGCGUCAGUACCUCCAAUGGCGUCGAGCGGCCGUGGUGCUGCAGGCGGCGUGGCGCGGCUGGUACGAGCGCGCCGCCUUCCUGCGCCUGCGCCGCGCCGCGCUCGCGCUGCAGCGCCACCUGCGCGGGGCCUUCGCGCGCGAGGUGGCCGCUGCGCUGCGCGAGAUGAAGAGGGUCAACCAGGAAAUCAAGCUGAGAGAGGAGAGGAACAGCCUCGCCGAAAAGGCAGAACAAGAGCGAGCAGAACUAGAAAGCAUGGCGGACCAGCUGCGAGGUAUAUCGUGUGCGGGCGCGCGCGCGGAGUCCAUAAAUUUAGACAACUUGUUCGAUUUCCUGGCGGACGUGCCCGCGCAAAGAGGCGCGCCGGAUGGGCAGUCCGCCCACCAGCCCACUAUUGCUGAGAUCGGAGACUCCAUGGAGAGAUUGGCAGAUGAUCUGAAUCAAGAGCUUGAGAACGUACUAGCGGAAGAGAUGAAAGAAUUGUCCAAACACACUGACGUUGAACGAAAACCAGAUGGAGCACCUUCUGACGCUAUCCCGCCUCCUCCACCAUCUUCUCUAGCAUUGCAAUCUAUAAACCAACCCAAUAUGACAUCAUCUAUGACGUCCUCUAUGACAAACGGGAUCAUGUCAAAUGGCGUGUCACCUCGUGACAUGACCUCAUCGUUCACAAAUGGUGACGUCAUGUCCUCAUCAUUGAUCAUGCCUCCUCCACCAGAGUUGGAGGAAACGAUGGAGGGCUCUCCGAUAUUCCCUCCACCACCGAUUUGUUCACUCCCGGAACCUGCUGGACCCCCACCACCGCCUCCUUCUACCAAAGAUGUUACCCCACCAGAACUGACAAAUGGUAUAAUACCAAAUGGUAAAGUAGUUGUAAUAAAGGACAAGGAGCCAAUAUACGAGUCGGUCAUUCCUCGACCGAACACAGAAGCUUUGCCCGCAUCUACGCCACCACCGAAAAUUAACCCACCUGAAAAUAACGGAUUUUUAUCCAAAGAAGCGGAAGUAGAACCAGAUGUACUUCUUCCGCCAUUACCUAGCAAUUUGACGUCACCUGAAAUGAAUGAUAUUUCUUCUCCAAACAUUGCCUCCGACUCUUGUAUAAGUCCGCCGCCUGCACUCAAUGGAGAUGUCAAUAACACGGACCGCAACGCGCGUCGCAAGGAGCGUGUGGAGAGACGCCUCCACCAGCUAGAGAGCGCGCCCAGCGGCGACGCGCCCGCCGACUCCCUAAACGAUCUCAGCGAAUUCGCUAAGAUGUAUUUCAACGAUCAUCCUAGAUCUCCAGAAGGCACUAUAAUGGCAACACUUACUCGUAAAAGCAAAUCAAUGGAGUUACUAACUAAAGAGGAGAUGAUAACGUACCAUAAAGGCAACAAUAUUCCCACGUCUCACAUUCAGUUGCACGAUCCCGACAGUGUCACCGCCGCUGUUAACAUAUUCAGAGAUCUGUGUCGUUAUAUGAGAGGAGAACUGACUGCAGAAAAGGAAACUCAAGUUAUACAGUCUAUAAUUGGUAAAGGCCUGGAGCGCGAGGAGUUGCGUGAUGAGAUUUUGGUGCAAUGUGUUAGACAGAUAACAGAAUGUCCUGUAGAAGAGUGGGCAGAGCGCGUGUGGCUGAUCCUAUGCCUGUGCGCGGUGGCGUGGCAGCCCAGUCGUGGCCUGGCGCGCCACUACUGUGCGUGGCUACGGGCGCGUGCUCGUGUGGCCUCGUCGGCCAUGGUCUCUCCUGCCUCUACUGGCUCCAUGGCCUCUGUGGCCUCUGUGACGUCAGCGGCCAGCGCUCGCGCCGCACACUGCGCUCAAUGGUGCCUCGACAACUGCAGGGGCGCUGCACCUAGGGUCCUGCCACCUAGUACUGUGGAGAUCGCGGCAAUGCGUCGCCUAGGCACGAUAGUGUGCCGGUUCUUCUUCCUGGACGGGCGCACGAAGGCCAUCGACGUGCACCCGGCGGACACGGCGGCGGCGGCGGCGGCGCGCCUUGCCGACAAGCUGGGCCUGGCGCCGCCCGCGCGCGCCGGCUGGGCCGUGUACCAGCAGCGCGCCGGCGCUGAGGAACACGUGCGCGCCACGCACUAUCUAUACGACGUUAUUGCUGCUUGGGAGAUGCAACAAGGUCCAGGCGGCGGUUCUGCAGAUAACCGCUUCGUGUUCAAGCGUAGACUGUUCCGUGGAGGCCGCGAACUGCCUCAUGAUCCUGUGGAAGUCGCUCUACUGUAUGCUCAAGCUGUACACAGCGUUGUUAAGAUGGACGAAUUCCCAGUAUCGGAGAAGGUGGCCCUCCAGCUGGCAGGGCUGCAGGCGCAGGUGUCGCUGGGGGAGCCCCCGCCCAGCCCGCCGCCGCCGCACACGCGCGCCUACUACGCGCACCCCGACCAGUUCCUGCCGCCGCGUAUUGCGAAGCAACGCGCGGCGCAUCAGUGGGCAACGAUACUCGCGCAAGCGCACCGUCAGUACGGCGCCGGCCGCGCGGAGCUGACGGCCAAGGCGCUGUACCUGUCCUGCGUGAUGCAGUACCCCCUGUACGGCGUCACGCUGUUCCCUGUCACUUAUAAGGGGUAUUGGGCCCAUGGUCCAAAUGUGCUUCUCGGAGUUGGUGCAGAAGGAGUAGUGCUAGUUCGACCGGCUGAUAAAGUCGUACUGGCUGAGUAUCCGUAUACCAAUAUUGCAGCCAUAUUGAUGGAUCCCGUUGACAAUGGCUUGACUCUUAGUUUGACGCAUCACGGACAGCAUGAUGGUUUGAGAUGCAUAGUGCUGGAGUGCGCGCAGAAGGCGGAGGCGGCGUGGCUGAUGGCGGCGUACAGCCCGGCGCUGGGCGGCGGCCUGGCGGAGGAGGCGCCGCGCCGCGCCGCGCCCGCCGCCGAGCGCGCGCGCCUCGCCGCCGCGCUGCGCGCCGCGCGCCGCGCGCUCGUCGACUCCGCGCUGCUGCGGCGCCCGCAGGACCUCUCCGCCGGCGGCUUCUUGAGGAACACACUCAGGAGACUAAGCAAGCACCGGCUGGAGCGCGUGCGCCUGGACAUAUCGUCGGAGACGCAGGGCGAGUGCUACAAGGGCUUCCCCGCCGCGUACUGGUGCUGGGCGCGCAGCUUGCCGCACAGCCUCACCAAGCUCAACGAGGCCGAAGAAGUCGCCGCUAUGCAGAUAUUUAAGGAUAUAAUGAGCCACGCCGGGCUCACCAGCAACGAGGGCAGCACGAACAACCUCGCCAACAACAACAGCACGGCCAGCCACGAGUCGGACAGCGACGACCGCGUGGCGCUCGCGCAGGCGCUGCUGCAGCGCUGCCUACAGAAGGACACGCUGCUGUGCGAGCUGUACGCGCAGCUGAUCAAACAGACGACGGAGCACCCCGAGCCCAACUCGCGCGUGUCGGCGCGGCACUGGGCGCUGCUGUGCGCGGCGGUGGGCGCGGCGCUGCCGCCCGCCAAGCCGCUGCGCCGCCUGCUGCUGGCGCACCUGCGCUACCGCGCCGCCGCGCUGCACGCCGACGAGGAGGGCAAGUUCGCGAGGCGGGCCGAGCAGGUGGCUCUAAGCAUAGCGCAAGUGCCGCGUCGACUGGCGGCGCCGUCCAAGGAGGAGCUGCUGUGCGCGGCGGCGCGGCGGCCGCUGCACGUGCGCGUGCUGCUGCUGGACGGCAAGCAGCACGGCCUCGUGUUCGGGCCCGCCGCCACCGCCGACCACCUCGUCGCCAUGCUGCGGGAUAAGAUCGGACUCACUGAUGCUGCUACUGGCUACGCGUUGUACGAGGUGUGCGCGAACUCGAGCCCGGCGGGCGCGGGCGAGCGCGCGCUGGGCGGCGCCGAGCGCGCCGGCGACGUGCUCGCGCGCUGGGAGAAGGCCGGCGCCACCGCCGCCGCCUGCAGAUUGGUGUUCAAAAAGCGUCUGUUCCUCGGCGAGCGUCCCCUGCACACGGCGUGCGUCGCGGAGAUGGAGCUGCUGUACUACCAGGUGCUGCACGCGGUGCGCCACGACCGCCUGCCCAUAGAGACUGAUGAGGCUGUGAUGCUAGCAGCCCUACACGCACAAGUGGUGAAGGGCGACUGCCUGGGCGGGGGCGAGGAGUGCUCUGCGGCGGCGGGCGCCGUGCUGCCCGCGCGCCUGGCGCCCGCGCUGCCCGCGCCCGCCGUGCGCCUGCACCACCUCGCCCUGCGCGGCACGGAGCCCCACGCGGCCAUGCAGCGAGCCCUAACGCUUGCUUCGUCCUGGCCUCUCACUAAAGCUACAAUAUUUGAUGUUAUGCAAUCGUUCACGUCGAACUGGCCGCGCGCGCUGUGGCUGGCGGUGGACGCGCGCGGGCUGACGCUGCUGCGGCGCGGCGCGCGCGCGGCGCUGGUGUCGCACGACCACGCGCAGCUGCUGGCCGUGUCGCCGGCGCCGCGCGCGCUGCUGCUCGUCACGCGCGCCGACCGCAAGCACGCCAAGCUCGUGCUCUCCACCGACCAGGCGUACCAGAUCGCAACUCUAAUCAAAGACUACAUAGAAGCAGUGCGCGGGCCAGUGUUCCCCGCCGUGCCGCACGCGUCGCGCGCCUCC